AUGUCUCUCAAAACCUUGUUUGAGGUGGAGGCCGUUGGCGGCUCAGAGAUCGUAACAGUGGAACAGGAGCAGAUUCAGAAGAGGACAUUCACAAACUGGAUCAAUGCACAGCUCUCCAAGAGGAGCCAUCCAACUGUUGUCCAGGAUCUGUUCUCAGAUCUUCGAGAUGGGACUCGACUGCUUGACCUGCUGGAGGUGAUGAGUGGCCAACGCAUGAAGCGCGAGCGGGGUCAUGGUGUGUUUCAGCAGAGAGGCAACAUUGAGACUGCUUUGAACUUCUUGAAGAAUAAAUCGAUCAAGCUGGUGAACAUAAACAUCCCAGACAUCAUAGAGGGGAAACCUUCCAUCAUUCUGGGCCUGAUAUGGACCAUCAUUCUGCACUGUCACAUAGAGGAGCUAGCCAACACUCUCUCUUACGGAUCCCGUUCAUCCUCCCUGGAUUCUCUGUCCAGUCUAGAUUCUGUUCCUGGAUCUCCACGCAGUAGUCCUGUUCCUCGAGGAGCAUCACCGCUCCGCACCCGCUUCCGUCUGUCUGCUAAGAAGGCUUUGCUCCUGUGGGUUCGGGACCAGUGCCAGAAAGUUGGUUGCUCAGCCAGUGUGAGGGACUUUAAGUCCAGCUGGAGGAGUGGUGAGGUGUUUCUGGCCAUCCUCUGCUCUCUUAGACCUGAUCUGGUGGACCUCUCUCAAGUCCAGACCAGCAGCCACCGGGAAAACUUGGAGAGGGCAUUUCACCUCGCUGAGAAGGAGCUCAGAAUUCCCAGACUGCUCGAGCCAGAAGACAUUGAUGUCAGUAACCCUGAUGAGAAGUCUAUCAUGACAUACAUUGCUCAGUUCCUGCAGUACUCCAACGAUCUGCCCGUAGCUGAUGACGAUUUUAAGCUUCAAUCUCUACUCUUUCCCACAUGCCUUUCUCCUGUCAACCUCCCUACAUACUUCACUCCUGCUGUGCUGGCCUCCCCACUCCACCAGGCUUCACCCAGUCAGAAAGCCAGAGAGAUGAAAUGCUGGCUAGAGCGAGCCUAUCAGGAGUUAUUGGAGGCAUGGAAUUCCACAGAGGGGAAUGGAUAUGCAGAGAGGUAUCAGGCAUUUCAGAACUUUGUGGGGACUUAUUAUGACCAGCGAUGUCCAGUUAUUACAGUUCUCAGCGCAAUGAGACGCUGCGCUAAACCAAGUGAGGAGCAGAUGGCAUUGAGAAAAUCCUGGGACACCAUGGAGGAGAGGUUGCAAGAGUACAGAACAGAGCUUGAUGUUGGUUUGCCAGCCCCUCUGAACACACUGGGCCAGUGGCUCCAGCAUAUGGAAGCUGUGCUGUCUGAAGACAGCGGGAGCACAGAAGAUCAUGCACUUGCUGCCAGAGAUGCCAGACACAAGCAAGAACAGCUGAAGGUCUUGGUUGAGGACUUAAGCCAGCACUUGAACACCCUUCAUCACUACCGUAACACAGAUGAUGAUGGCUGUCUUCAAGUGCCAAUCGAGAAGCUGGAGGAGAUCAAGAGACGUUUUACCAGUGCCAGAGUGACAGCCAAGUACCACAGCAUCAAGCUACAAUACAGAGAGCAGAUGCACCAUGUUUAUGACCUGCUGGGACGUCUGAAGUCUAAGCUGAGCCUGUGGAGAGGACCUUACGGCUCCCAAGAGUCUGUGCACUCUCUGCAACAGGAUUGGCAUGACACUGUUGACAAGCAAGGCCUGGUGUGGAUGUUGAAGGAAGCACUUCAUAAGCUGAAGGACACAGCAGUCAGUUAUACCAACAAAGCAGCUCUGGCCGACGACUCGCCUGUGGUAAACGGGCAGGUAAAGGAGGCCGAUAGUGAGACGGGAGUCAGUACAGAAGCUGCAGAAGCAGCAAGAUCCACCAUGGAGCGUGUGCUGGCUGCAUGGGUGUCCUACAAAGACUGCCUGUAUCUAUUACAGGUCUGGCUGGGCCAGGAGGGACAAUCAGAGGCACACGGGCAGGAGCACAAGCAUUUUUCCUCCAACUUGAAUGAGUGGAGAUCACGUCAAGCCCAGCUGAAUGAGGCGGGAAACUUUCUCAUUGAUAUGAGUGAUGCCUCCACCAGCCACUCUCUGACUGAAGAGCUCCGCAAACUGAACAUACAGUGGGCUGACUUUAUAAAAAGGACCAAGUUUGCAGUGGCCCCUCCGCCCAUCGCUGCGGUCCUGGGUGUCCAAGCUGCUCAGUCUCUGAUGCAGGAAGCCAGCUGGGUGCUUGGAGAGACUGUGGAGGUGUCAUCUGGACCUCUACGCAUUUACAGAAAGAAACUCCAGGGCAUAAUUAAGAAGAUGUCAGCGUUCAAUUUGAACUCUUUGUCUCCAUCUCCAGACUGCAAAGAAGAAACUCUACAGAAACUCAGACAAACUCUUCCAGAGACAUUUGAGACUUUGACCCGGGUGGAUCAGGUGUGUGAGAGACUCCAAAAAGCAACACCUCUGCUCGAGGGCAGGCUGGCUGAGCUUGAAAACUGGAGCACAGAAGCCCAAGAGGUCUGCAACCACCUAAAAGAAAAGCAGCAUAGGGGCCACCGGGGGCCACAUCCCAGGGCUAAAGGACUGAUCUCCAGAGGUCUACAGUUGGAAGGACAGGUGGUGACAGAAGGUGAGGACCUGCAGGUGCUUGUGACAUCGGUGCAAAAGAACUCCUCCCUGCCUUACCUCAGAACAUCUGCAUUACAAGACCGACUGCAACGGACUGUCUCGCACUGUCAGGAGGUUACCGAGAUGCUCAGUUCUCAUGGAGUGAAGCGUGAAGGACAGCCUAAAGGUGCACAGCCCGCUUCCAAGGUUUUCGUAAAGGCAUAUUCUCAGCCUGAAUCCCAAAUUGGAACCAUUCAACACCAUCAGAAACAGACAUUCUCCAAAAGCAGCAUACUUUCUCCAGAGAGCCCAGUAGAACAUCAAAGCCAAGAACUCUAUUCUUCUCAGUUGGAAGCCACCAGUGGCGUACAGCCCCAGGUUCUCCAACAGAAUCUUGAUAAAUCUCCAAAAGACCAAAGAAAAGCUAUGUGCCAAGUACAACAUGCAGAGCUCAAACAGCCUUUGUUGUCAUCUGUUGUUGGCAGGAAGGUUGAAAUGAAACCCCAGACUGAAGUUCAACUGAUCUCUGUAGACUCUAGCCUAACCAGUAGCUUUGGACCAUCAGACCUUCAAGCUGCCUCAGUAAACUCAAGCCAAAUCAGUGGCUUUGGACCCUUAGACCCAUUGCAGGUUAUCUCUGUAGACCCAAACCAAACCAGUGACUUCAGACCAUCAGAGCUACAGGUUCUCUCAAGCCAAACCAGUGGAUUUAGGCCAUUAGACUCUAUCCAGGUUAUAUCUGUAGAUUCAGGCGAAACCAGGGACUUUGAAUCAUCAGACCUUCAGGUUAUCUCUGUAGACUCAAGCCAAACCAGUGGCAUUGAACAAUCAAACCCUCUGCAGUCUCUAUCUUCAACUAUGUCCAGCCAAAGCACAUUGCUUACAUCGGUUACCAUGACUCAACUAAAAAUGCCAGGCGAGCAGCAUCUUGGUUCACCACCAAAAUGGCAACCUCGAAUCUCCUUGGUGACCCCACACCAAAGACAAAAGGUUCUGGCCAAAAGUCACAGUUUUCCUCAGCCCCAUGAGCCAUCACAAACUCUGCCUGUAACUCUUGCAUCCUGCCCAAGCACUUUGCAUACACCGGUAACAGUGACCCAACAAAUGAUGCCAAUCAAGCAGCCACCAAAAUGGCAACCUCUGACCUCCCUGACGACCCUACACCAAAGACAAACGGUUCUAUCCAAAAGUCACAGCUUUCCACAGCCAUCAGAGGCUCCAGGUGUUCCCCAUGUCCCAGUACAGAAUGAGGUGUAUGCUAGAGCUCAGGCUUUGGCCAGGAGCAGGCUGGAUAAAGCCAAAAAGCACCUGCAUGAACAUAUACAAGAUGUCAUCACUGUUAUCAGUACCAGAGACAAAUCUAAAAAACAAGCCAAUAAAAAACAGGCGGUGUCAUGUAUUCUCAGGCCUGCAGUGUUGGAGACGUUUCUAGAAGCCGUGAAGGGAAUGGGGGAUUUCUGCUCUGAUGCCCAGCUCAGAGACAUGGACCUCCUCUCUCAGUCAGUCAGGGCCCAGUGGGAGGUAUGUGCCACAGCAGCUGAGCGUUCAGUGCAUCUGGAAGCCUUGAGAAGAAUUAAAGGUGUUCUUCUUAGCACCACCCAUCUGAGAACAGACACAAAGAAGUUGGAGACCGUUCAGUGCCGCACAGACUCCACAAGUGACUUGGCACCAUGCCAGGAUGGCAGGGGGGGAGCAGUCAAGGACUGUGUCCUGGUGAGAAAGACUGUACUGCUGGAUGACCUAAGCCUCGACCACUCACAGGCUGUUGUCCAGACCAACAUUGUGGAGAUAAAACAGAUACCAGAGAGGACCAUCAUCAACCCCUGUUCAGCACAGGAAGAGAAGGUUACCACAGAGGAAACUCAAAGCAGCUACAGUGCUGUUCAGUCAGUCUUCCAGCAGCAGCUGCUUAACAACAGUCAGCAGCUAGGAUCAGAGUUUCCCAUCAGCCCCGGCAGCAAUGCCAGUAUCUCUGCUGACUCACUGAGAAUUCAACUCCAGCACCUACUGGCUCUUAAGGACCAGACAGAGGCUCUUUGGCGUGAGUUUGAGCUUCAGUAUUCCCAGAGCUCUCAGCACAUGGAAGAUGGCUGUAAUAUGGAGCAGGAGAGAACUCCGCUUAUUCAACAGUGGAAGGAACAACAGAUGUGCUUUCAGGCCAGGGUGAAGUCCCUUGAAACUGCGGUAGAGCUGCUGGAGUCUGCGGACAAUCAGAUCAGACUGAUUUCUGAUCAUAUCAAACAGAUUAGUCAGAAACCUCUGAAUAUUGGAAACUUUGCCGUUGCUGAUCCCAAAAAUCUACAUGAAGAAAUAAAGCGUCUAGAUGAAAGUAUCGAGAAGGAGCUGUUUCUGCUUAAGAGUGACGGUUCAGUUAGUGAUGCUUCUCAUCUGAGUCCCAUUGAGCUCCAAGCUCAUCUUCCUCUGCAGCAAACGCUCCACGGCCGCACAAAAUGCUUGGACCAGCAAAGACAAUGUCUGAGAAAGAGUGAAUCAGCCCUGGUGGGCCUCGUGAACCUCCUAUCCCAUCUCCAGAAGGUGAAUGCCGAAUUCAAUGCAGCUCACAACGCAUCAAAUCACAGUUUAGUCUCUAUCCGGCAAAGCCUUCAGCAGGCCAGGGAUGAAUCGGUUCAGCUAGACCAACUGCUGGAUGAUGCUGGUAUGAGAAUAACUCUGGAUGAUAAACCAGGCAGCUGUCAUGAGAUGGUUUCAGCUCUGGCUCUGCGUGUUGAAGAGGUCGAGGCCAGACUGGCUGUAGGGCUGAAGCAGUCUGACAGAGGAGGGAAAGGAAGAGUGGAGGGAGAACAGAUGGACAGAGCGUUCGGUAGGAAGAGGAUGGGCCUGCAGGUCGCCCUGAGGGAGGUGCUGACGGCACUCGAAAAACAUGGGCUGAAGGAGCCCACACUUCCUGCACUACAGCACAGGUUACGCUUCCUGACAGACAUGGAGAGUAAACUGGUUGCACUAUGCUCAGAGAUUCAGGAUCUGACAAAUACUUGUGCACAGACAAGCACCUCAGACACAGGCAUCAGCGAGCUGCAGAUGCAAUUGGAAAACGCACACAGAGCAGUCACAGAGAGUCGUGAACAGUGUGUCUCUCUGACUGAACUACUGAAGAAGUUUCAGAGCUGCCGAAAUCGCUUGGGCAGCACUUUGCAGAAAGCAGAGCAGACUAUUGGUGAUCAGGCCUCCUAUAUGGGCAAAGACAACCUGCAGCUCUUGAUCAGUAAGGUGACCAGUUUAAAGUCAGAUCUCAGCGGUCUUGGUGACGGGGUGGAGGAGUUCAGAGCUGUGUGUCGGCAGCUGCAGUCUCUGAUGAGAAGGAUCCCAGACUGUGCUGACACUCCAUUUGAGAGUGAGGCUGAUUCCCUCAUGGACCGCUGGCUUGAUGUGACUGAGAAGACAGACUGUCAUCUGGACAACCUUCAAGCUGGCUUUUCUCUUUGGGAAAAACUCCUACUGUUGGCUGGAGAAGUGGAGGGCUGGAGCGCCCAAAAGCUGAUGACACUUGCUCAGUCAAACCCCUUUCAGACAGAGCAGGACGUGUCUGUCAUGGAGGAUGAGCUCAGGAUUCAAGAGGAAAACAUUGAACAUUUCCAUCGCAGAUCAUCAGAGAUCCAGGAGCUGCUGCAGAGUUGUGAGUUCCCACUGGAGCUACAGGUGAUUGAGAGCCAGCUGAGGAAGAAGAUGGCAGCGGUGAAGGAGCUCUUUUCUGAGGCCAGUGAUGUUUUCAGACAGCUGGAAGCUGCCAAAGGGAAGGUGGCGUCUGAUAUUGCAGAUCACCUGUCCUCCAUUCAAACUAUCACAAAUGCACUGACCUCACUGACCACAUCUGAAAGCCCACAGGUCCUCAACACCGUCCAGGGCUUAUCGGAGAAGCUGCAAGCAGAGGCAGAGCAGGUUGAUGCAUUACUGCAGCAGAUAAAUCUUCUGGCCAGCAUUGCAGGUCUAGAAAACCUGCGGGCGCUGGCUGAAGAUGGAGCUCAACUUCAAGAAAGCAUCUGCGUGGCUAGAGGGCUGGUCACAGAGAAGAGAGAGCAAGCGAUGAACCCCAACAGACCUGAAAAUCCUCAGAUGGUCCGAGAUCCCAAGCACAUCAAGCCGUGGAUAAAAAAAACAGAAGAUACUGCGCCUGAGAUGCAGUGUGAAUCUAAUGGUAAAACAGAGGAACAGUCACAUGGAGGCCAGACACAAGAGCAGGCCUGCAUCUGGGCCAGUGAACUGCAUCUGAAGGCCGAUUUUCAGGUUUCUGAGGAUGAGAACAGACAGAUCACACUUGAAGAGAAACUCACAGCUGUGCAGGAUGUGUGUGUUGGUCUUGGUGAGAGUAUGAAUGAGGAGCCGAGGUGUGCAAUGUUAAUACAACAGAGCCACGAGAGUCUGGACUCUCUACAGGGCCGGAUAGAGGGCAGUUCUCAUGACUUAAAUGCUUUAAAGGCUCCAGAACAAGUGGAAGGAAAUCUACUAGAGGUUGAGAAACUGUCUGAGGUCCUGCAGACAAGCUGUACUCCAGAGGGUCAGACUGCUCUCUCCCAAGAUGUUUGGACGCUGUUUGGAAAGACUCCAGCCCUGAGGAAGAUCUUGGAAGAGGAGAGGACUCAGGAAGGGAACUCUGAUCCAGUUCAAAGUUCCAUUCAGUGCAUCAAGGCUCAGCAGCCUGGAGUAUCCACAGAGGAGCUCCAGUCAGUUCAGGUUGCCGCUGACAGUGAAGUGGAUGACAAAGAUCGUAUGAAUGUAAAAUUCUUGCCCACAAAGGAAAUAAGUAAAACAGAAGAUAUAUCACCUUGCUCAGAACAACAAGCAACCAAAGAUUUUGAGAACCUUCCAUCAGGACACGACACAAAUAAGCAGCAGUCCAUGUCUGGAUCUAAAGAGAGGGAUGAAACUGGAUCUGUAUUAAGAGAAGAUGACCGCAAAUUCACUCAUGGCUCAUCCUGUGAAUCAUUAAAGCCUGUCUUUACCAUAGUGCUGGACUCUGAUCUUACCAAAUCCAACCAGAUCCCACUGACACAACCUGUCCCAGCUUCUUCAACUAAAUGGGAUACUGUUUCAGUUGUUCAUGAUGGGACUGCAGAGACAUCAGAGGAUGGCUUGAAAUUCUUGGAAGUCAAACCAAAUAUUGAUGUAGCUGUAGAUGAAGAACAUGCUGUAAUAAGCUCUUCUGAUGAACCUGUACAUUUAUAUGCUGAUCUUUCAACAUCAGAAGUGCAGUUUAAAGAAAACAGCCACACCGACAACACUGAACCCACUCAUUCUGCUCUAGACCUUGAUUUCAGACCUAAACCAGAGAAGGACUCAUCUACUCAAGCAUUUGACCCAAUGCUUUUUUACCCAGAGAAGUAUCAAGCAAGCUCUGGAACGGCUAAGAAAGUAUUUACCAUCAUCCUGGAUGUUGAUACUCCUACAUUAUCAUCAGACGGGUAUCAAUUACUGCAAGAGACACAAUGUACAGGUCCUGAUGACUCAACCACAGAUGAAUUCUCCCAUUCAGAUGUAAAAAAUCAACAGAAGAACUCCUUUGGUACUGAGAAACAUGAAGGCAGAACGGCUGAACUAGGUCUUUCAGAAAAGUUCAAUGUGAAAUCAAGUAGCUCUGAAAUGCAGCCAGGACAGAAGGAAGCUCCGCUUAUCCAACCCCAAACCCCUGAGAUCAUAGAGAUUGACGUUCAAAAAGAUGAAAAAGAGAAGCAACAUGAAGUCACUGAUGCAGAAGCAUCAAGCCAAAUGGAUGUCCACACUGGAGAAGGCAGUGAGUCAGGGUCUGUAGUUCACCAGCAGGAUGUCCCAAUGUUGGAGAGUCAUGAUGAGGAUGACAACAACACCUUUGAAGAGCCUUCAAAUGAAGCAAACACACUUCAAAAGCCUCCAAAAGUUGCUAAAGGUAGGAAGAAGAAGAGAAAACCAGUUGGUGCAGAAAAAGCAAACAGUAUCCGUAAUAAAAAGCUGAACACAUGUAAAUCUGAACAUAAGAACACAACUCACUCAGAAAGCCUUCAAACUUCAGAGGUCAGGCUGUCGGAUGCCACCGAUACUGCCUGUGUCAGUACAAAGACUGUGUCUUCAGACUUCAGUCAACCAAACACUGCAAAGCCAUUGAGUACAGAAAACAAACUAACAGUGGACACUGUGCAGAAAGAGACCUUGAAUCAAACUGAGGAUGGACAUUUUGAAAACAUUAGCAUCUCACUUGCCGGAGAUGCCCAUAUUAAUACCACAGAUAUGGUUUUAGCAGCAGUGGAGUCUGUACAGUCAACACAUACAGAGGACUCAGAACUAGCGCCAGAAGAUUCUUCAUCUGAUAGUAUAACACAAUUUUCUACCACAGUCCCAUCAGAGUUACAACUCGGCCAUACUGAAGCUCAGAGGACAGAGGAUUCAGAUGGCAGUUUCCAUUUGCAGUAUGAAGAAAUGCACAGAGCAAAUUCAGAUUCAUCUGCCGGGAACAAAACGUCCCAAAACAGAGGAUCAGGAGCAGACGGUGAGGAUCAAACGAGGCAUGCGGAGCAGCCUACUGGGACACAUGUGUGGGCCACUUUACUGAACACCAUCACUAAUGUUCAGCCCCUUCUGAUCACCAGUCACGGUACUGAGGAAUCUAGACCAAGGAAAGAUUCCUGGCUUCAGAACUCGUCACUCUUAGAGUCUGACAGCGGUCUGGCAUGGACUGUCCUGUGGGUUUUGAGAUGUCGUUACAGACCUGCCCAACUUAGCAUUGUACAUAUGGCUCGUCAGCUGGAAGAAAUUGAGAUCUGCCGGCAAUAUGUCCUGGAGCAGGUGUCUAGACUGCCUCAAUGUGAAUCUAGUGCAGGACGCUCCACAGAGCUUGAGAUGAGCAUAGAGGACAGAUGGAACAGAGUACUGCUGGAUACCUCAACCAUGGUGGAGUUCAAAAAGGCACAGCUCCAGCAGGCCACACAGUACCACCAGCAAAAACGGGUUCUCACGGAUACUCUACAUAACCUGGAGGCUGAGCUCAACACAAUGACACCGGAUUGCAUUGACAGCAGCACCUUGCAAGUGGAGAAGCUGAAUGCAUUCCUGAAGAACAUGCAGAAGAAGAGAGGCAUACUAGAGGAACUCCUACAGACAUGCUCUCAGAUUUCAGCCCAUCUGGAUGAGGCAGAGGGACCUGUGGCCUGCAUUGAACCUUUCAGGACUUUACAGGAGAGAUGGCAAACUAUAGAGCGGGUUGCCUCCAGCAGUCUGUGGUGUGCUAACAUCUGCACAGCAGAAGUAUCUGCACUCCUGCAAGAAGCCAGAGAUCUGCACCAUGAACUGGAGCUUCUGGAGAAGUCAGUUUCUCUUCCGCAUCCCUCUCGAGGACAGAUGGACUGCCGAAGUGAGCUACAAGAAACUGUCAGAUCUGCAAACCUGACAGCAUUAGCGGAGCUCUACGUGUACCUUCUUGAGGUCUCUCAGGCUCUUUCCUCAAGUCCGCUGGGAAAAAAAGAGCUCAGAGAUGUGGAGGACGCAAUGCAGGGCCUGAAUUCUCAGCUUGCUCUGACUCAGGAGACGCUCAGCUCUCAGACUUCGAAUGGCAAUGGCUGUUCACCGAUCACGAGGAUUAUCAGGGACUACGUUACAUGGGCUAAACAUUCGGAAAGCAAAGUCAGCAGGAGAAGGAGGUUGGCUCUGUUUCCUGAAGAGGCGAGUCACCAGGUCAGCCACAUGAAGAAACUGCAGUCUGAAAUAUCUCUUAAGAAGUUUCAGUUGGCCUCUGUAUUGAAAGAGCUAAGAGAGGAAGUUACAGGACUUGACAAGGAGGAUUCCAUGUCUCCCACCCUUGCUUCCCUAGAGGAUUUGUAUGUUAAGAUUACAGAGAAGACCGAAUGUGCUGUUGCAGAAAUGAACAGAAUGUUUCAUAUAAGAGAGAGACUGUGGAAACAGAUCACUGACAGCAGCUCUUGGUUAACCUCAGUAUUAGAAAAAGAGUCUGGUAAAACAGUGGCUUCUGAACCUAAAACUACUAUCCCAGAAUUGAGGGUUCAGCUUCAGGUAUGCACAGAGGCUUUGAAGGAAGCUGAGAGACAAGCAAAUAACUUGGAGACUCUGUUAGAUGAAGUAAAAAGUGUGAAUCACGGUCUGAGUGUACUCGAAAGCUUUCAGCUUAUCAAUAGGCUAACAGCCUUACAAGAAGAGGUCUCUAGGGUUGUGAACCGUAAGUGGGCCUUGCACUGGGUGCUUGAAGAACUCCUUCAUGCUCAGGAAUCUUCUGCUGAGGAACAGAACGUUAUUCUGAAGAGCUUGAGACAGAUGAGUGCUGAUGUCAUGAGGCAGAAGUAUCCCGUAACAAGGGACUCGCUCUUGGCUCUUGAACCUGUUCAGCACAUUCUGAUGGAGCUCCUGUGCAAGGUGCCGGAAAUUCCACACUGCCCAGAUUCUCGGAGAAAAGAGAUGCUCAACGCUGUACUAGACCUACAGAGGAGAAUGCAUCUGCUGGAGUUGCAAGCCAAAGAGCAUGAGGAGUGCCUCAUUUUAAGGCAGCACAUAGAGAACUCCAGAGAGGUGGUGAAGAAGAGCUUGUCGCAGAUUGUAGACUCGAGUGUAGGAGCUGACAUAAGGCUCGGCUUUUGUCAGGCUGUCCUGGUGGAGCUACCUCUGGUGAGAAUGACAUGUCAAGAGGCCGCUGACCACCUUGAGGCCAUUUCGAAAGAUCUCUAUCCAUCCCAGCUGACAGCAGAAAGGCAAAAAAUCAGUUUGGUCAUUGAGCAGCUCGCCUCUUGGGAGCUCACAGUAAAAAAUGAGGCUAAAACCCUUGAGUGCUUUCUUGCGAAGCGACUUGGGAGUCCUACAGACCUCAGUCCAUUCACUGAGCUCUUCAACAGUGUCAGGCAGCAGCUGAAGGAGAGCAUCUGCUUGGAGCCAGAUAAUGAGACCAUUGAUGCAGAGCUACGAAAGCACUGGAUGCGAAUCCAGACCGUUGAGUCUGUUCUACGAAUGCUAGAGCACUGCAGGAAAGCAGUAGAUGCUGAAAGCUACCAGACGACCACUGGUCUUGGCCAGAAAACUCUUAAUGAUUGCGGUAUGCAUAUGGACAAGCUGCUCCAAGCUCGGGAGGCACUGAAGCAUUACCACUGGGCUGUUCAGAGUGCAGAGAGCUUCUUUCAGCAGAUUGGAUCCAAUCUAAUGAUCCCCUCUGAUGGCUUCAAAGGCUACAAAGAGCAGCAUCGCUAUAUUCAACAGAUUUUCAGCACUCUGGUUGAGGGUUUCCAGGCCCGCUUGUCUGAAGUUGGUGCUUCUGUUCCCCAGCAGACAUGCCUCUCCAUCCCUCUAACCGAGCAGCUUCAUAUUGAGGUUUUGAGUCACCUUAUAGUACAAGAUGCCAAAUUAGAAUCUCAGGCUCAGCUCAGACUUGAGGCCUUACAGAGGUCCAUGAAAGACCAAAUUGUUCACAUGAGUCACCAUGAAGAAAUGAGCCAACUUCUCAAAAAUGUUGAUUCUCGAAUCUCUAGUCAAUGCUUAAGUCAAAAACCGACUGAUUCCGAAGCCUGCCAAGAUCAACAGCGGAAAGUAAAGUUGCUCCAGACAGAGCUAAAGAACCUCGCUAAAAGGCUGGAGGAAUUGAGGGAAAGUUGCCCAGGUCUACGCUGCAAAGCACCUGUGGAUCUGAUGCUGGGACAGCUGUGGAGGUCUUGGGCAGUGCUGCAGUGGAGAUUAGAAUCACUCAAAGCCAGCACAUCUUAUAAAGAAGCAGAGUGGAGAGACUUUGUGAUACGUCUGAAUAAAUCAAAGGAAGGUCUUGACAGACUGCAGAAUGAUCUUCCAGACUCCACUAUGGUGGCGGGAUCCCUGGUGGAUCUUCAGGUUGUUCUGAGCCUCACUGAGCGCCUUCAAGAUGGGAUUGAGCAGGAGCAUCACACUUUGGCAUCUCUACAACACCAUGUGGCACGAUUGCUUGGGGUCUCAAAUUUGCAGCAGCUGAAAGUGUGCCCUCAAAUCUGCCAGGACUUGCAGUCUUUACAGGGUCACUGCAGAAGCCUCAGAGAUCAGAGCAAUAACAUCCGUCGGGAGGUGCUUUUUGAGAUCCAGGAGUUGGGUCGUGUGCAGGAGGAGUUGAGUGCCAUUCAGCAGAAUGUUCUCUCUCUUUUGGCGGUUUUAGAGUCAGAGUCAGCUGCUCAACACUUACAGGAAGUCAAAAUGGAAUUGGUUUCACAGAAGGCUCGACUGCAGGAUGUCAUGGACAGAGUGCAGAAGAAAUGGAGCUGUGUACCCUCAGAGAUUCAAAUCUUACAGAAUGAGCUCGACGUCUCCAUGCAGGAGGCUAAGGACAAAUUGGGCAUGGUCAUGGAGAGAAGUGGUCCUCUCCGUAAAAUGGGUGAGCUGAUUGGAGAGGUGACCGUAGGCUUGAAUUGUGUGCAGGCCCUGCUAAAAAAAACAAGUCCUAAUUUUUCUGAGGCCGAACGUACACAAAAGCGUAUAUGGGAUGAGCUGGACCAGUGGCACACGCGGAUAGCUGAGCUGGAGGCUGAGGUGCAGGAUCUGGCUGAGCAAAAGCCUGAGAGAGAACACGUCCUAAUGGACCAGCUCACGGAGCCUCUGCAGCUCUACCAGACCACAGCAAAACAGGCCGAGCAAAGGACCGCCCUCCUCAGCAAAAUCCCUGCCUGUCUGCAGGACUAUGAGGGUUUACUCAAUAGCUCCAACUGCUGGUUGAGAGAGGCUCAGUCCUGGCUGGUCGCUCCCAGAACCUACACCACUGCGAAAUGCAUCCACUGCCACGCCAACUCCCUCAAGAUGAUGCUGGAUGACUCAGAGGGAUACAGGGCAGCUCUGGAGGCCUUCCUGCCUGCCCUGCAGGAGAUCACUCUGGUGUGUGACACCAGCCCUCAACAACAACUUCUCCAACUGUGUAUACAAAACAUCACACUCAUACAGCAAAGCGUUCUGGAGCCUCUCUCCCACCUUCAGCACCUAGCAGCUGAGAUGGACGCCAUUGAAGCAGAGGUAAAGACAAUGGAGAAAAAUAUAACUAAGAUUAGAACAAUUCUUUCGGCCACUGACACAGAGAACAUUUUUCCUGAGGAACAUCUUGAGAACAUACAGGUCAUUCUGGAUAAUGUCCAGUCAAUGAAGAGGACCAUUGAUGAGAUUGAGAGCUGCAGGCCAGGCCUGGGGCUUCCUGCUGGGGCAGAGCAGACUCUCACAGUCUUCCAUCGGGCCCAAGAGCUCCUGCAGCCAAUCCAGGAGCUACAGCAGCUCAGUGUGGAGCGGAACACCGCGUUAAUGGCCUCUAUUGGGCAACCAGCUGAAAUGAUUCUCCCUUCAGACCAAACCACAAAAUUCACGAUGCCUCAUCUUUACACUGGAGAUGUGAGGCAGGUGUCCAUGGAAGCCCCUUACACUGAGGAGGAAGAUGAAGACAAUCAGUCUUCAUCCUCAGGAACUCUCACAAGCAGUAUUCCAGAGGACCCAGAUGAGACAAUAGAGGAGGAAGAUAUUAAGACAGGCGCUGCCUCUGCUGUAACAGAGUGUGUCACUAAGGAAUCAUCUCCUGAAGAAGUAGUUGAUUUUCCUGCAAUUAAGCAUGUAAUACAGGACACUGACACAGGAAGUUGUUUACUGGAGCCUUCUGGCUUCUCUGAAAUGCAUGGCAUAGACAGCAGACCAGUUACUGAAGAUACAAUUUCCCUACCUGCACUAACAUCCCAACACUUAAAAGAAUUUACAAAUGAUAGUUGUCUGAAGCCUGACAGUGCAAAUAUAGCUAAGGAAAAGCAAAACGAGUGCACAGAAACCAAGCUGACUGAAGCAGUACCAGCAAAGCCAGGAAUAUGCUCAGAAAUCACCAUGUUAAAAGUAAGAGAUGCCAGUGAAUUGAUUGAAGAGUCUGAAUCUGUAGAUCAGAAUGAAGUAACUGUAAACACAGAAACAGGUACACGUGAUCAAGUGAAAACAACAGCUGCAAAGCCACCCAACACAGAGGCAGUAAAUGUUACUGAUGGUGACCAGACCCAGACAGAUACUAAACCCAUAGACGCCGCAGCUCCUCUUUUGCUCUCCUCCCAGCUUAUAGAAUGUGUGCCACAGGAAGAUACACUGGAAAUACAGAGAGAUCUGAUUGAGGCCAUCAUUCACGAGAGCAGCAGCCAGUCUCAAGAACACACAUUUCAGCACACAGCAACUCUCAGCGAUCUGUCACAGUCUGAAGGAGGAGGUGAAGAUCAAGAGAGUUUAGUCCAGCUUCUCACCUCAUUGAAGGAAACUUCGGAGACCCUUGGAUCAUGUCAGGAUAUCAGCUCUUUCGAGACGAGACAGCAUCUGUCAGAGAUUCCGGUGUCUGCGUUGAAUGCCAGUGAAUCACAGAUGGGAGACUCAGACAAACUCCUCAAGGACCUUUCAAGCAUCAAGAGUCUGCAAAGCGACACAUGGACUUUGGCACUUGAGCGGCGGAGAUCAGUGGGACAGAAUAAUGUUGAUCUCCAGAGAUGUUCUGAAGCUCUUCUGAACUGUCUGCGGGGUCUCCAGGAGCUGGGCUUUGAGCGGCUGCUGCGCAGUCAGGAUGCACAGCCACAAAACUACAGUCAGCUGCACAGUCUGCUCACAGAACACAAGAAAUGCUUCCAAGAUUUGGGGCAGAACCUUGUAAUGGUGAAGCUGCAAUACCAUAAGCUGCCAGAGGGGCCACUGCAGGCCCAAGCAGAGGUGGCGCAUUUAAUAUCAGCUCUACAGGAUCAAGCACAAACUCAUGGUGUCCGAAUGCAGCACAGCUUAGAGGAGUGGUCUCGGUACGAGGAGGUCACUGAGAGACUGCGUAAGCAGUUGGAUGAGAUGGAGACAAACAUGUCCAGUCUGGAUUCAGAGCCAGAGGGAGACCUGCAGGGACAGCUGCAGUCCUAUGAGAGAUUGCAGAAGGUCCUGGAAGACACAAGGCCUCAGGUGUGGGAGAUCCAAGACCGACUCAGGAUCCUGCAGGAAAAGGGGUGUUGCCGUGAGCGGCCAGGCCAGCCUGUAUCAAAAUCACAACUGUUGAUACGCUGGAUGGAGCUUCAUAAUCGACUACAGCAGAAGAUACAAUCCACACAGAAGAUGAAAAAAAAUUAUGAGAGGUUCCAGUGUAACUCAACAGAACUAGAAGUGUGGAUAUGUCGUGCUCAAGAACAGGUUCAGAAGUGGAACAGUUUGUCUGAUUCUGAUCCACUGAAUUCCAGAACAAUCUUGACCCAGCUCACGGAGUUCUUCAAGGAGCUGGAGGUCCGUUCGGCACAGAAAGCUUCUGCAGAAUGUGCAGGCACACAGAUACUGCAGCUGACUGACAAUGAAGCUCCAGGUCUGCGCAGACGACUGGCUCAACUUGAGCAGGAAUGGAUGAACUUGACUAACGAGCUGCCCACCCUCAGCCAGACACAGCAACAACUGUUGACAAACCAGUCUCACAGUCAUAUCUUGGCCAACUUGACCUCCUGGCUCAAACAUGUAGAGAGACAACUGGAGGAUGAAAGCUCGGGGGUCCAUUGUGCCCUCGGUUCCUCUCAGCUGUCUAGACAUCUAAAGGCUUUGAAGGAUCUUAAGGCUGAAAUAACCAGUCAUCAGCCAUAUGUUGACAUUCUGAACUAUCAGUCUGUGGAGGGGACGGGAUCAGUGAAUGAACCCACCAAUCGCAAUGAGCACAUCCUGUUUGCUGAGCAGCUGGGAGCUCUCAAUCUGAGUUGGCUUAUUCUACAGGUCAAAAUUGACAGCAUGAUUCAUGAUAUUGAGGACCAAUGGCAGACCUGCACGGACAGAGAAAAGCGUUUGUACUGUAUGCACAGCUGGAUCUCUCAAUGUAUGGAAUGGGUGAAAAACAGCUGGCGACCAGAGAGCUGCUCACAGAUUGAGCAAAUGUUACAGGAGUGUGAGGAGACAGAGGAAAGGCUGCAGGUGAAGUCCUCUGAGCUGAAGGCUUUGGGAGCUCUUCACCUGUUCGGGCAGCAGGACGGUGAACAUCCUGGAGAUCAAGCAUUCUCCAAACAGGUGAAUUCAUCCAUCCAGGACUGCCAAGCUUUGAGUCAACAGAUAAAUGCUCUCAAGUCAGGUUUACAGCCAAUCAAAGAUGAAUGGACUCACUUUGAAUCUAAAAUGAGUGCAGCAGAACUGCAAACAACCGGGGUGCUCUACAAGCUGGAGCUCUGCAGAGCUCCUGUGUUCUCAUCUGAGCAGAGCCAAAGUCAUGUGGACCAUCUGCAAGAGCUUGAAGGGGAGCUGAACCGAUCAGAGACCUGGACCCAGUUAACGGAGUUGUUUUCUGACUUGAAAGACAAACUCAACCCUUAUGCGUCUGAACUUUUGUCUGAUCGUCUAGAGAAAGAGAGAACUCGACAUCAAGCAGUGACUGAAGAUGUGCAUGCAGAUUUACUGAAGGCCCAGAAUGCAUUGCGGCUUUGGCUGGAGUAUGAGCGUCUCACGGAAGAGUGCUGCGUUCAGCUAAAUCAGCACUGGGAGAGGCUUGGAGAGCUUAUGAGUUCUUCAGACAGAGGAGAAAACACUGUAGAGCUGCUCAACAGCAGGAUGCACGGCAUCAGUGCUCUGGAGAAAGACAUGCCGGCCUUGCAAAGCAGUGUGGGAAAAAUCCUGGAGGCCUCGAAGCUUCUCAUUGGGCAGAUGAAACCCCAGUCAGCCCCUCUAAUCAAAUCAGAAACAAGUUUGCUAUCACGUGACCAUGCAUAUCUUGGCAAGGCACUUUCUGACAUCGGGGCACAAGUUCAGGAGGAGCUGGAGGAGCACUGCAGUUUCAGCACUGAGAUAAAAUCAAUGGAGCAACAACUUAAAAACUUUGAGAACAUUAUGACCUCCUCUGCUACAAGCAUGGAUAGACUAAAGAUGGUUCUGUUAGAUCUGAGUGGGCUGAACCCUAACCUUGCUGCUCUGAAUCAAACGAGUUUCAGACUCUCCUUAAGCUCUACAGAGGAAGAGAGGUUACAGUCCCUCAACGCACAGUGGGUUCAGGUCUUCUCUCAGGCUUCAGACCGACACAGGAAGAUGUAUGGAGAGCUGCUGCAUGCUCAGAACUUCCAACAGAAGUGCCAGUGCUGGAUGGAGUUCCAGGACAAAAUCAAGGCUGGGUUAUCCAAUCAGACGUCUGGAAACUGUGCUGCUGUAAAAGAGCAGCUAGCUGCACAUCAGAAGCUGAAAGUGGAGGUCCUCCUCAGCCAGCAGCUGGAUGCCAUAAUCAGUGAGGGUUUGCGCUUCCUGGAGAGCAGUCAAAAUGAGGACAGGAGUCAUCUGAUUCUGAGAGUCACCCAGCUAAAGGCACAAUGGCAGGGGACACAGCAGAGGGUCCAGCAGCAUGGCAGAUGUUUGGAAGGGCUGAUGGGACAGUGGCAACUCUAUGAGGCCGGCUCAGGGAAACUUUCAAAGUUACUCAGACACAUCGAAGAACUUCUGCCCCUAGCAGGACUUGCGCCGUGCAGCUUACAGCAAGUCCAAUGCUCUAUAAAAGACUUUGAGUGGACAGAGGAGCAACUACAGCUUCAUGAAGAACUCUACAGGCAGACUGUGGAGGCAGGGGGACACAUCCUUCUACUAACAGAUGCGCAGACGCAGACACACCUGCAGACUGAACUGGAUGCUCUCAAAGAGAUGUGGGAGAGAAGCUGUGGCCUUGUGAGGAAAAGAAAGGCUCUUGCAGACACCAUAACUCAUAACUGGAAGCUCUGUGAAACUGGCCUGGCUGAUAGUGCUCUCAAACUGGAAAAGAUAAAAGCAAGACUGAAGAGUCCGUUGCCAGAGAAGCUAGAAGAUCUAAAGUCUCACAUGCAGCUCAUCAAGGAGGACGAGGACUCGCUGCAGAUUUGGGCUGGAGGACUGAAAGAGCUGACCACUAUGAAGGCAGACGUGUUCCAGUACGUGCUGCCCGCAGACACCGCGCUGCUCCAGGGACAGGUGGAAGAACUUCACAGCCAAUGGGAAGAACUGUGCUUGAAGGUGUCCCUUCGCAAACAGGAAAUAGCUGAUCGCCUGAAUGCCUGGAUCAUCUUCAAUGAUAAAAACAAGGAGCUCUGUGACUGGCUGACGCAGAUGGAGAAAAAAGUGGCACAUAGGGGCGAAAACCUUAGUAUUGAGGAAAUGGUGGAGAAACUUAAAAAGGACUGUAUGGAGGAGAUUAAUCUCUUCAGCGAGAACAAGAGCCACCUCAAGCAGCUGGGCGAGCAGCUCCUAUUGGCCAGCGACAAGGCUAAGGAGGCGGAGAUUCACCGGGCCUUGCGCGAUGUCAACGACCGCUGGCAGCACCUGUUCGACCAUAUUGAGGCCAGGGUGAAAAAGCUGACAGAAACCCUGGUGACAGUGCAGCAGUUGGAUAAGAACAUGAAUAACCUUCGCUCUUGGCUCACUCGCAUUGAAGCUGAGCUGGCCAAACCCAUUCACUACAGUAUCUGCCAUAGAGAUGAGAUCCAUAAGAGACUGGCUGAGCAACAGGACCUGCAGCGUGACAUCGAGCAGCACACUGAAAGGGUGACGUCUGUGCUCACCCUGUGUGAUGUGCUUCUGCACGAUGAGGAUGCCUGCAGCAGUGAUGGAGAGAAUGACUCCAUCCAGCAGACAACGCAGCGCUUGGACCAGCGCUGGAGAAAUAUCUGCUCAACGUCUCUGGAGAGGAGGCUGAGGAUUGAGGAGACGUGGCGACUGUGGUGUAAAUUUCAGGAGGAUUACUCUUCCUUCGAGGACUGGCUGAACGUGGCUGAGCGCUCUGCUGCUGAACCCAAUUCAUCAGACAUCGUGUACACUGACGCCAAAGAGGAACUUCAGAAAUAUGAGGUUUUCCAAAGGCAAGUGCAUGAGAGUCUGACCCAGCUGGAAAUUAUUAAUAACCAGUACAGACGACUAGCGCGGGAGAACCGGGCCGAUGCAGCCAGCAGACUCCGGGCCAUGGUGCAUCAGGGGAACCAGCGCUGGGACGCGCUCCAGAGGAGAGUGGCUGCAAUACUGCGCAGACUCCGGCAUUUCACAAGUCAGAGAGAAGAGUUUGAGGGAACCCGCGAGAGCCUCCUCGUCUGGCUGACUGAGAUAGACCUCCAGCUGACCAAUGUGGAGAACUUCUCAGAGAGCCAUCUCCAAGACAAGAUGAAACAGCUGAAGAGUUUUAAGAAAGAGAUCACUCUGAACACCAAUAAGAUUGAUGCUCUGAUCAUUUUUGGGGAGGGUCUGAUUCAGAGGAGCAGUCCUCAAGAUGCUGUUGUAAUAGAAGAUGAGUUAGAGGAACUGCACACGUACUGUCAAGAGGUGUUCGGCAGGGUGGCCCGAUUCCACCAGCGCCUCACCAGUCUCCGCCCGCUGGAUGUCAUUGAUGGUGAACAGUCCAGAGGGACACUGGCCACCCCCUCCUCCAGCCAGCCCUCCAUGUGCCUGCUAUCGCCACCUCAGGAGCACUCGGGCCGUGAAACCCCCGUCAGUGUGGAUUCCAUCCCUCUGGAGUGGGACCACACCGGGGACGUUGGCAGCUCUUCUUCACAUGAUGAGGAAGAGGAUGCUGCUGCCUUCUCUGCCCUGUCAGAGGUCACAGAAAUCCCAGAAUUCACAUCUGAGGUGACAAAGAAGUCUUUGGGAGAGCCUUUAGGACAGAAUUGGCACUUUCAAAACACACCUGAAGGGAAAUCCUUCCAGCUGGACUCCUCCUCACCUACACACACCAGCACUCCUUUUAAACAAGACUACGUCCAGCUGAUGUCUGAGUGCAGCGGCAGCAUUAAGAGUGUGAAGAAGGUUUCUAUGAUCCUGGAUGAUGAGGAACAGCAGGAGGAACAAGGCCUCACUGGCCUCAACACUGCAGACAAACAGUCAGGAGUGAUUGAGCGCUGGGAGCUGCUGCAGGCUCAAGCAGUGAGUAAAGAGCAGUGCAGCACCAGAGACCCCCAGCAGCUGACCUCUGACCUGCAUGACAUCACUUCCUGGCUGGAUCAUGUCACCCCUGAGCUGGACAGACUGCAGAAGCCUGAGACAUCCGUCAGUGUCGAGAUCUUAGAAGAGAGGGUCAAACAACUUAAAGAAAUGCAGAAGACAUUUGCUCGCUAUAAGACCAUGAUGCUGUCUCUGAACCUGGGUGGGCGAGAGCUGCAGCAGGGGGCUACAGGAGGAGCACCUGAGCUUCAGGAGGGUCUGCGCAGCAUGAAUCGCCGCUGGACAGAGGCUUGUGCGGGACUAGAGAGAUGGGAGGACAGUCUGCGCACCACCCUAGGACACUGUCAGGAGUUCCACGAGAUGGUCCACUCUCAACUGCUAUGGCUGGCCCAUGCAGAGAGCAGACGCUACACAGUGAACCUGAAUGACCCUUCUGUGCAGCCCUCCAUGCUUCAGGAACACAGGAACACGCUGAAGGAUCUGGCAGAGGAGCUGCAGGGCAGGCAGAAGCAAGUGAGCUCCCUGCAGGCGAUCGUCUCCGAGCUGCUUCCUGAGGCUGGUGGGGAGGACAGUGCUGAAGCUAGGGAAAAACUCCAUGUUAUUGGAAGCAAACUACGACUACUGUCACGUCAAGUCGACCAGGAUCACCAGACGAUUCAGGAGAGAUUAGAGUCCACGACUGAUGCUUCGGGAGACAGGAAAUCCACACAAUGCUCUCGGCCAAAGCGUGACCCAUCACCUCAGCGUUCGUUCUUCUAUCGGGUCCUGCGAGCGGCUUUCCCUCUGCAUCUCCUGUUCCUCCUGCUGUUGGUUCUGGCCUGCUUGGUGCCUCUUUCUGAAGACGAUUACAGCUGCACCUUUUCCAACAAUUUUGCCCGCUCUUUCCACCCCAUGUUACACUACACCAACGGUCCUCCCCCCACAUGAGUCUCUCAGCACCUCACUUUUGUCCAACCAAUAUUUGAAUGGUUGUAUUGAUGUUUUACUAUUUAUUCCCCUUUGAGAGCCAUACUACUGAGAAUUUUGUUGUUAAUGUUACAGUUGGAUGUGAUCAAAAAAAUGUCCCUUUUUUGUCACAAUGCAGUAAAGAAAAACGUCAAUCAUUGUA